GACAUUUGAUAGCAAAAUCUUGAUUAGUUGAUCAUCGCAAUAUUAGUCAUCUUGAUUUCUGGCAUUAAGUGGAAUUUCUUCAAGUUUCUUGGUGAAUAAAAUCAAUUAGGAAGCCGUAAAGCCUUUCAAGAUGAACCGACUUUUUGGAAAAUCCAAACCUAAGACCCCAGGUCCCAGUAUAAACGAUUGUAUUGCUGGAGUGGACGCAAGGGCAAAUAGUAUCGAAGAAAAAAUUGCUAAAUUAGACAAUGAACUGCGUAAAUACAAAGACCAGUUGGCGAAAAUGCGUGAAGGGCCGUCGAAAAAUGCUGUAAAACAGAAGGCGAUGAGGAUUCUGAAGCAAAAGAAAGCAUUUGAACAACAAGUCGAAAGCUUGCGUAAUCAGUCAUUCAAUAUGGAACAAGCAAAUUAUGCAGCACAAACCUUGAAGGAUACUCAGAAUACAGUGAAUGCAAUGAAGGAUGGUGUCAAACAAAUGAAGAAUGAAUUCAAAAAGAUCAACAUUGAAAACAUCGAGGACAUUCACGAUGACAUCGCCGACAUGCUUGAACAAGCUGAUGAAGUCCAAGAAACACUGGGACGCACUUAUGGAAUGCCUGAAAUUGAUGACGACGAAUUAGAAGCAGAACUAGAUGCGCUUGGUGAUGAAAUUGCUUUAGAUGAUGACACAAGUUAUUUGGAUGAUGUCGUGAAAGCCCCGGCAGCACCUGACAAGGAACCUGGAGCUGAUAGCAUUAAAACCAAGGGCGACAUAAAGGUUGACGAGUUUGGAUUGCCUCAAGUUCCCACAUCGUUGAAAACUACGUAAAAAUUGAAAUGAAAUCUCUAGAUUUAAACUUGCUUUUGAAUUAUAAUAAAAUGUUGGACACAUUUUAUUUUAUGUUUAUUUACUAGAAUUCACACAGUCAAUAAAGGUAUUUUAAUUUUUGCUAUAUGAAACGAAUAUAAUGCAAAUUAUUGUUGAAAUAAAGAAAAACUACCGAAAUU